CAGAGCAUGAGGCAACAUUAAUGAUUCAUACCUUCCCUCCCCCACCCGCUAAGAUCACACAAUCACCGCUGUUCCUUGCUUCCUCUCCGCUUCUUCCUCCUUCCCGCUGUCAUUCACCACCGGAGAAACACGUUUUAUCCGCUGGCCCGGCCUCACACCGACAAGACAAAAAACCCCCCACAAUAAAUUUCACAUAACGUGUUGAGCAUUUGACUUUGAUACUAGGUUGAGCUCAACACCUUUACUGAAGAAGAUGUCUAAGAAGAACACCCAGAGCUCUGUAGAUGAUCAGUCAGAGCAUGGUCAGCCCCCCAGCCACUAUCAGGUGGAUCAGUCCACAAAGACCAUGCUGGGUUGUAGAAAGAAGGCCGAGCCAGGCCAGAGAAAUGGAGAGACCGCGUCGUCGUCUCCGGAGAGCGGCAGCAUAAACGGAGAAGGAAAGCGUAGUGGCAAAAGCCGUCGCCGCAGAAAACGUUUGUCUAAUCCUGAGAGCCGCCCAGAAGAAAAAGUCGACAAGCACAAGAGCGAGGAGAAAAACAAACAAAGCAGUCAGCCGUCUGAUCACCUCUCUGGGUUGAUUGGUCUGCAGUCUGAGUGCGCGAAUGUGUGGUUUGAACGGAGCGUCUACGAGAGAGCAGAGAGCCUCUACCAGUGCUGGCUGGCAAGCUCUUCUAAUGGGACCACCCAGUCGAACCGAUCACCUCCAUCCUCCGGGAAACAAUUGAACUCUUCAUCCACUGCAGCUCCACCUUCUGCUGGCCCAUCAUGCAACCAUGGUGACCAAGUGGCCUGCCACCAUGUUGUACAAACAGUGUGGGUAAACAAGACGACAUUUGACCAAGCAGAACGCCGCUUUGUUGAGGGGUCGAUGCAGCCAUCAGUUCCAAACUCUCUGGACCUUCAAGCUCCAUCCAGUCGCUCCACUGCAUCCAGAACACCUGAUGAAGGAUAUCAGUCUCUAGCCCCAACUCCUGCAACCCCUGUCAUCCAAGCAGCCAUCACACCAACCGUACGGCAAUCAGUUAACGGACUGCCCCGCAUCCCAGUGGAGCUGCUCAGAGACGUGUGGCUGGACAAACCACUUUAUGACCGUGCUGAGGCAGCCUUUUACCAAAACCUGUAUGGUAACAAUUCCACCAAACGGUCCAGCUGCACUGCUACUUCCAGAUGUAGUGACCACCCUCAAAGCCUUGUAGAAGAGGAAGAGGAGGAGGAAAACGAAGAAACUGUAGCAGAGGAAACACGUGUGGUCCCACAGGGGAAAGCUGAGGUCUUCCAUGCUCUGCACCCGAUACAAGAGGAAGAGGAGCCGGCUGAGCUCCCGGAGAAGGAAGAAGUAGCAGCUGCAGGAGUUCGCUAUUUCCUCCAUCCGAACAGUGAGCGGGUGUGGCUGGACAAGUGGCGGUAUGAUGCUGCUGAGAGCCAUUUCCAUGGUUGCAGUGGGAAUAAAGCUGUGAAGAAGGAGCGCAGGCCAGAAGCAGAAGCCUCAUCAGUUGCCUCGGCCGCCCCACUGAGGGACAAAAAAAUGAGUGCAGUGGAUUUUUUGGCCAAGGAAAAGAUCUGGUUUGACAAACCACGCUAUGACGAAGCAGAGAGGCGCUUCUACGAGCACAUGAAUGGCUCACCACAACCUACAAAGGAUGCUGGCGCCAACACCAUUCUUCAGGACAUUGCCCGGGCCCGGGAGAACAUCCAAAAGUCUCUAGCAGGGCUGAAGACUACACUGUGUAACAGAGGGUCUGCUCAGCCUCCCAUAAGCCAACAUUCUCAGCUUAGCACAGGCAGCAGCAUCAGCAGCAGCUCGGCUGAUCACGGAGAACUCGUUUCCCGCAUCAAGAGCCUGGAGCUGGAGAACCAGAGCUUACACAAAGUGGUGGAGAACUUGAGGGCAGCACUUUCCAAACUGGAAUGUCGGGUUGCAGUUUUGGAGAAGUCUCCUGCAGCCGUCAGCCCAGCUUCUGCUCCUCCAGUCCCUUAUACAAACGGCACCGCUGUCCAGCAGAAGACCAGCACCCCAGCUAAAGAGGAGGAGGAGGAGGAUGACGACGAUGAUAUUGAUCUGUUUGGUAGUGAUGAAGAUGAAGAGGCAGACAAACUCAAAGAACAGAGAUUGAAAGAGUAUGCAGAGAAAAAGGCCAAGAAGCCUGCCAUCAUCGCCAAGUCCUCCAUCUUAUUGGAUGUCAAACCUUGGGAUGAUGAAACGGACAUGGCGAAGCUUGAGGAGUGUGUGCGCUCAGUACAGGCCGACGGUCUGUUAUGGGGGACGUCCAAACUGGUUCCUGUUGGAUACGGCAUCAAAAAGCUCCAGAUUGCGUGUGUGGUGGAGGACGACAAAGUGGGAACAGACAUGUUAGAGGAGGAAAUCACCAAGUUUGAGGAUUAUGUCCAGAGUGUCGACGUAGCAGCAUUCAACAAGAUCUGACCCCGUCCUCUUCAUGUCUUCAUGUCAUGCCUUGAUUCUCUGCUGAUUGUGUCAACGGUUAAAAAUAAUAAUAAUAAAAUAACCUCUUGCACUGAA